AUGGGGACUUUUGACCAAGAUAGGUGGAGUUGGAAUCUCAAGUGGCGGAGGAAUCUGUUUGAUUAUGAGAGUGAUCAAGCUGUGAAUUUUAUGGAGGAGAUCAAUUCCAUGUACAUUCAGAGAUAUGUUAAAGAUGUUAUGUUAUGGAAAGCUGACCCUAGUGGGGUGUAUACCACUAAGUCUGCCUAUAAUCUACUGAUAACUCUUUCUUCACCAGCCUUGGAUAGGAGAACAUCACAGUUACUUUGGAAUAUGAAAAUCCCUCCAAAACAUGCAGUUUUCACUUGGAAGCUUUUAAGUGGCAGACUCCCCACUAGAGCUAAUCUUUCAAGGAGAGGGGUGAACAUUCAGGAUACUGCUUGUCCUUUAUGUGGUGAUGUGCAAGAGGAGGUGGGGCAUCUAUUUUUCAAUUGCAAGAAGAUACUAGGGCUUUGGUGGGAGUCCAUGAGCUGGAUUCAGGCUAUGGGACCUCUAUCAGUCUCUCCAGUGGACCAUUUUCUUCAGUUUUUGUGA